AUGGCAGUGAGGACAAGGUCCCUGGCGGUGAUGACAAGGUUCCCGGCGGUGAGGACAAUGUACCUGGCGGUGAGGACAGGGUUCCUGGUGGUGAGGACAGGGUUCCUGGCGGUCAGCACAGGAUUCGUGGCGGUGAGGACAAGGUACCUGGCGGUGAAGACAAGGUUCCUGGCGGUGAGGACAAGGUUCCUGGCG